AUGGCUUAUGGGUGCUACUUCUCUGUGGUUAUUCUAGCGUUGUGGUUUAUGACCACAUUUACGGUGGCGGCCCCAACCGAUGAUUGCAAUAUAGGAAUAAGUGGGGAACAAGCCACUACCCUCAAAGCCUGGGUGACAGAAUCGCCACGUGCUGUUGGUUAUGUUCUGACAAACGAUCCCGUCUUGGAAGAGGUAGCGAAGUGCGUUCUCGUCCCAUAGUAAGACAGGAAGAGUGAAGAAACCAACAGACAUCCAGGAAGAAACCGGCUAUGUGGGGGAAGGGGGAGGGGGAGGGCGGUAAGGCCCGGGUCACUGAGGUUCUGGAGGGAGUACAUAUGACUCUCAAUGGGCAAAAGAUGUUCCUGAAGGGUAAGGGGGAGAAUCCCGGGACGAGAGGUAUCCCCCAAGGGUGGUCAGAUGCAGUGAAGUCUGAGGAUCAGAGUGUUCAAGACGGUGGGUAUCUGACCCAGUUAUCCACCCUUUAGUGUCCCGUUUGAGUUACCUACAAAAUCUAGCAACCUUUCUCCCUUUAGAUUUUAAGAAAUCGAUGCAAGUUAAGCCCAAAGUAGGCUCCUGGCGGACCUCCACUGACAGUAGUUUCAGGAUAACAGCGGCGCUUGUCAAGGAAGGUCUGGGAGAGGAGGCUGCAAAAGAGGCCGCGGUUCUGGUAUGGGGUAUGCUAGAUUUAUCCAACCCGCGCAAUAUUGAUAGUGCGGAAAUAACUUUAAUUGUUUUAAUGCUAAUAUGUGGGUUAAGGUAAACAGGAGGAGAGUCUGCCCGGGGAACGCACCGUUGAACCCAAGAGACCGGAAGCUCCUCCUGAGGGUGAUUGCUAG